UUUGAGCAUUUCUACACAAAACACACGCAAUUUGAUGUCGAUGGUACAGAAACAUCCAGGUCGAAGAUGGAGAAUUAUAAAAAUGGGGACUGCUAUCACUUUUCCGAUUAUUUUACUCUCCAAAACGGAUAUUUAUUUUGCGAAAACGUAGACGUGAAAUCUAUCGAAGCGUUCAUGGAAGAGAGAGACUUUGAGACGAAAUCUCCUGUCUUCGUCUACAGCAAAAAUCAGAUCAUUUCCAACAUCGAUUCGUACAAAGAAACGCUGAAAUCAAUAAACCGCGAGGCGUGUUUAAACUACGCUAUGAAAGCCAAUAUGAACCCGGCUGUGUUGGAACUCAUGCGUGACCGCGGCUGCUCUGUGACCUUGGUAAGCGGGUUCGAGCUGCGCCUGGCACUGCGGCUGGGUUUCGAACCCAGCCGUAUCGUGUUGAACGGGAACGGGAAGCAGGGAUGGGAAAUCGAGCUCGCCGUGGAGCGGGGAUGUCUGCUCAAUAUUGACGGCUGGUUCAACUUGCAGCAGACGAUUGCCGCUUGCAGAAGACUGAAGAAAGUGGCGCGGGUUCUCCUGCGGAUCAACCCAAACAUAGACGCUAAAGUGCACAAAUACAACACGACCGGCACAAGCGGGUCCAAGUUCGGUAUAGAGAUGUUCCAACUUAGUCAAGUGCUCGAGGAGUUGAGGCACGAGCCUCUUGUGCACGUGGUGGGCGUCCACAGUCACCUGGGAUCCACUAUCACAGACAUCGACGUGUUCAGGAAAUCGGCGAAAGCGAUGAUGAAAGAGUUCAGUUCACUUAAAGCAAGCGGAUUCCAACACAUGAAGUACAUCAAUCUGGGCGGCGGUUUGGGGAUAGACUAUACCCGCCAUGCUUCGCGUACGAUGAAAGCCUCUCUGGAGACGACAGCCGACUUUCAGAAACCCAUUGGUGAACAGAACGCAACACCACGUGGCAUUGUGGAGGCGAUUCAUCAGGAGCUGGCACCGGAAGUGUCUCUAAUACUCGAACCGGGACGCUCUUUGAUCGGGAACGCCGCUGUCUUGCUGACGAGAGUUCUUGGUGUUAAACAUGGGGCCGAGAAAAGUUACAUUGUCGUGGACGGGUCAAUGACGGAAGUCAUUCGUCCAGCGCUGUAUGGCGCUUACCACCAUAUUGAAUUGGUUGAACCGACCAAUCAGAUCAUCUCGAAUGAUCAUGUGACCAUGUCAUCUAAUGGCUGCCCUGAACAAGGAGUCAAGAAUGGAGUUUUUGAAAAUGAGCAUACAGAAAACAGAGUCACAAAUAGCCAUUUCGAACAACAAGUUCAAAAUGACAAUACAGAAAACAGAUUCCAAACAGUGAAUUCAGAUAAUGGGGUCCGAUAUGGGCGUUUGGAACACGGAUUUCAAAUUGCUGACGCACAAAAUGUCCAGAAUUGCCAACAGUUCGACAACAGCCCCGUGAAUGCGCAGGAGCGCCGUAUGUAUGAAGUUGUGGGACCCGUCUGUGAGAGCGGCGACGUCCUGGGACAUGACCGAUUGUUAGCGACCCCGCAUGAGGGCUGCCAUCUGGCGGUGUUCGACGUGGGGGCGUACUGCACCAGCAUGUCUAGUAACUACAACAUGAGACCCCGCCCGGCCGAGCUCCUGGUGGACGUGUCAGAGGUCAGGGUCAUACGUAAGCCGGACUCCUUCGAGACGAUGCUGCAGUGUUUUAAUUGCUAGCGUAGAAUUUAUUAACAUAAAUGUAAACGUCUUGAUGCAUGUGAGUAAAGGGACGACACUUUCCGCUUAAAUUUGAUUUUUGUUUAGAAGAGACUUUAUUAAAACGAAAAAUUCCCCCAAAGCAGAAAGUGUUGUCCCUGCUUAUCCUGUGCAGACUUCACAUGCAAACCUGAGACGACACUUGAAGCACAUGCAUUUAGCCCCGUUUUCCAGAAACAAGGAUGUGUUACAUACCUACUACACAGAGGAUAUGUGUUGCUGUCGGUAGAUUAUCAUGUUUAAAUCACGAAGGUAUGAGAUACAUUAAUGUUAUCACAAGUGGGGCAAUUUUUCGCAAUAUUGAAUAAUUUUUGUGCCUUCAGCACUUUGAUGAUGUAAAUGGAUGUUUUCAUGCUUUAGUGUAAUUACAGCAAUAACUACAUUAUGUUGAACACCGCUUUUUUAACACUUUAAAAAAUCGAAUAAAUGCUUUUCGAACUUG